AUGGUCGUGGAUACAUCGGGGCUCCACUCCUUGACCAUCAGAUUGUGCCAGUGUCCCGGGGCGCCGAGUGCCGACAUGCAAUUAUUCGAGAUCGGCCUCUUCCCAGCAUCCUUCAUUUCGCCGAAGACAGUAUUCACAUUUGCUGUGUUGGACGACUUCCUGUUGGACAAUCUGGAAUGCGGCACGUCGGCAAUGAAUUACUACAGUAAGCUAAGGCGUGUCACCUCCAGCGUCUUCCCUCAUUUGGUGCCGGACCGAUACCGGGAAUUGAUGCGGGUCGGCAGACAGUGGCGACAACUCAAACAGCUCAAGUGGCAUGGGUUCGGCCAUGAGAAGCGAAAGCCAAAGGCAGGGGAGCUCGCCCUCUUCUGUCCUGCAUGUCCGCAGUCCGGCGUCAAUUUCCAUUUGGCAGACAGGAAUCGGUCCGACCCUGCCUGGCUGUAUUCCAGGUCUUUGGUGAUGGAUGGCAAUUUUAAGGCCGAGCACUUGCAUCCUGCCAAUCCGACCGACGAGGUGGCCUUGACCGACGGCUUGGGAUUCAUGGUCGGCGAUGCCCGAUACAAAAUGCAUCUCGCCGAGGCGCAGGAUACCAAUCAAAGAUCUGAUUGCAACAAUCACCGAGCGGUCAACCAAGCAAAUGCAUCUCGGCACAAGCUCGAAGCAACCGGCAUCGGCGGGUGUGCUUGCGCCAGACAUGGAUGUUUCGUUCCCCAUUCCAUGGUGGACUUUCAAAAGGGGGAAAGGUUCGUCUUUCUAAACGCUGCAUUGGCCGGGUUGAACUGA